CAUGGAAAAUGGAAUUGAAAGGUAAGUUUAUUUUGAUGUGAAAACGUUUUGAUUCAUUUCAUGCAUUCAUUUUCUGAUCAUAUGUAUUUCCCAUGAACUUUUUUAAUAGCACCCUCUCAGAUGGAAUGUGCCUUGUUCUCCUGUUUUCUCCUUUUAUCACUGAACUCUGUGUGAUCUUGUCAUGUUUGGUUUCUAUCUUCUCCACUUCUGAGGAGAUCAAAAUGCUCAACCAGAAUUCUAUGAUUUCACAGACCUCCAAAUUAUGCCUUCUGGUUAUUCACUGCAGCCUGUGUCAAAUUACUCUCCUGAAUAGUUUCCUUCCUGAACUGAGAUUCUAGGACAACAAUUUCUUGGUUCUCUGCAUAUGGAGUCCAUCAGUUGCUCUUUGUGAUACUGCAUGGUGGCUGUUGAUGUACUCCACUGUUCAGGUCACAGAAGUUUAGAGUCGGAGUGGACAUUAGAAAUUACCUAAUUCAAUAACUUCUUGGAAAGUCCAUUUGACACAAGCCUCAAAGAAUAUGUUAGCAGAACUAGGAUUAGAGCCCCAGGCCUCCUAACUUGGCCUUGGGCUGGAUCAGGAUGCCUGUGCGGCUGUCUUUUUUACACAGUUUCCCUUCUCCCUGAAGCAGAGUAGCAAUCCCUGCUCAUCCCUGUAAGAUGUUGCUGGAAGUUGUAUCCUUCAGGAGGUAGUUAUAAAAUGGUAAUCAAUUCUCAGGGGAACAGUGUUCAGAUUGUAAGAUGUAUUCCAGAUCUAGAGGUUAUCAUCAAAUAGAUCAAAUUUGUUGAACAAGGUAUUAAACAUGGGCCGGUAAUUCAUUUUAAAAUGUAUAAUGCCCUCUAGGUUCUGUAACAUAGGCCUAAAUGCAUAUGCUUAUGAAAUACAGUGUUAAGGUCUGUGCCCCAGUUCUGAUGGAGGCAUUGCCAGACGAAUUUCUGGUAGAUGAACAUCUGCCUGGGCUGAGCCAGCUGAGCCAGGAAAACCAGCAACCUUGUCUCCUGAGCAAAGAAUUCCUGUGUUAGACACCUGAUGCCACUAGUAGCUUUCAGUGAAGUUUAGAGUGAGUGGCUAUUACUAUUCAGCCUUUUUUUUUUUCAGUUUUACAGAAUAUUCUAUAUUGACUGUAACAGUGCUAUAGAAGAUUACCACUUCAAUUUGAGAUAGCUUUCCUACGUGGAGUGUGGUCAUUGAUUGUGAACAAAACAUGGGUUGGAACAAAAGCAGGUUGGGCACUCAGGUUUCACCCUCUGAUACACAGUCAAUCAUAGAUUCUCAAUUUAUUUAGAAAAGGACACAGAAAUGUAACAUCACAAAUCAAAAUUAUGUUUUUCAACAUUUUGAAAUUUUAAAAAGAUAUCUUUUAUUUUUUAAGUCAGUUCUUAAUUCUGAAAUACACAAGUAUAUCUUUCCUUACUUGACUGUGUUGUAAUAAUACCCUUCCUGCCUGCCUGCUGCUCUCCUUCCCUUCUCCCUUUCUUUCAUACUGUCUGUUCUUUCACGUGAGCUUCAAUGUUUAAUUUUUGAAAUUAACAUUGUUUUUAAUUGCCAUAUUUAUGGGGUGCACUGUGAUGUUUGGUAUUGUGGAUACCAUGUAGAAUAAAUAAAACAAGCUGAUUAGCUUGUUUUUUGAAAUGAUGGUCACAGAGGGUGUUUUAUUAUUAUUGUAGUUUUUAUAUAUAAAAAAGCUUUGUUUAAUUAUUUGAAAGCCAGAGUGACAGAGAGAGGGAGGGAAAGAUCUUUUAUCUGCUGGUUCACUUCCCAAAUGGCAGAAACGUCCGAGGCUGGGCCAGGCUGAAGCCGGGAGCCAGGAUCUUCUGGUGGCAGGGACCCAAGCACUUGCACCUCCUUUUGGCUUUUUUCUCAGGCACAUUAGCCAGGAGCUGGAUCAGAAGUGGCACAGCUAGGACCUGAAUAGGUGCCCAUAUGGGAUGCUGACAUUGCAGACAGUGGCUUAACCUGCUGUGCUAUGAUGCCUGCCACUUUGCUGUCGAUUUUUUUUUAUUUGAUAGAUAGAGUUAGACAAUGAGAGAAGAGACAGAGAGAAAGGUCUUCCUUCUGUUGGUUCACUCCCCAAAUGGCUGCAAUGGCUGGCGCUGCACCGAUCCGAAGCCAGGAGCCAGGUGCUUCCUCUUGGUCUCCCAUGUGGGUGCAGGACCCAAGCACUUGGGCCAUCCUCCACUGCCUUCCUGGGCCACAGCAGAGAGCUGGACUGGAAGAGGAGGAACUGAGACUAGAACCCGGUGCCCAUGUGAGAUGGCAGCACUGCAGGUGGAGGAUUAACCAAGUGAGCCACGGCGCUGGCCUCUAAUGUUGAUUUUUAAUGUUCUUCCUUAGCUAGACAAAACUUUGUUGUUACCCUUAGAUGACUCCGCAGAAUAUUUUUGAAAUUUUACUUGUCAAAGAAACCCCUACAUCUGGUUACUGGCACUAUCAGGAUUGAAGUGUGUGUGUCUUUUGUGUGACUCUUCAAACUUUACCUGCCAAACAGAAGGAGCAUGUUGGGCAUCAGUCAUGCUAACCAAUGGAAAAGAACAGGUGAUCAAGUCCUGUGUAUCCCUCCCAGAAUUAAAUGCUCAAGUCUUCUGCCAUAGUUCCAACAAUGUUACCAAAACUGAGUGCUGCUUCACAGAUUUUUGCAACAAUAUAACACUGCACCUUCCAACAGCAUCACCAAAUGCCCCCAAACUUGGACCCAUGGAGUUGACUGUUGUUAUUAUUGUGCCUGUUUGCCUGCUGUCCAUAGCUGCCAUGCUGACAGUAUGGGCGUGCCAAGGACGACAGUGCACCUACAGAAGGAAAAAGAGACAGAAUGUGGAGGAACCACUAUCUGAGUGCAAUCUGGUAAAUGCUGGCAAAACCCUCAAAGAUCUGAUUUAUGAUGUGACUGCCUCUGGAUCUGGCUCUGGUCUUCCUCUGUUGGUUCAAAGAACAAUUGCGAGGACAAUUGUACUUCAGGAAAUUGUGGGAAAAGGUAGAUUUGGUGAGGUGUGGCAUGGAAGAUGGUGCGGGGAGGAUGUGGCCGUCAAGAUAUUCUCCUCCAGGGAUGAAAGAUCUUGGUUUCGUGAGGCAGAAAUUUACCAGACUGUUAUGCUGCGACAUGAAAACAUCCUUGGCUUCAUCGCUGCUGACAACAAAGAUAAUGGAACUUGGACUCAACUUUGGCUUGUAUCUGAAUAUCAUGAACAAGGCUCCUUAUAUGAUUAUUUGAAUAGAAACAUAGUGACAGUGGCUGGAAUGAUAAAACUGGCACUUUCAAUAGCUAGUGGUCUGGCUCACCUCCAUAUGGAGAUUGUUGGUACACAAGGUAAACCUGCUAUUGCUCAUAGAGACAUAAAAUCAAAGAAUAUCUUAGUGAAAAAAUGCGAAACUUGUGCCAUAGCAGACUUGGGGUUGGCUGUGAAGCAUGAUUCAAUCCUGAACACUAUAGACAUUCCUCAGAAUCCUAAAGUGGGAACCAAAAGGUAUAUGGCUCCUGAAAUGCUUGAUGAUACAAUGAAUGUGAAUAUCUUUGAGUCCUUCAAACGAGCUGACAUCUAUUCUGUUGGUCUGGUUUACUGGGAAAUAGCCCGGAGGUGUUCAGUUGGAGGAAUUGUGGAGGAGUACCAGUUGCCUUAUUAUGAUAUGGUGCCUUCAGAUCCCUCAAUAGAGGAAAUGAGGAAGGUUGUUUGUGACCAGAAUCUCCGACCAAGUAUCCCAAACCAGUGGCAAAGCUGUGAAGCACUCCGAGUCAUGGGGAGAAUAAUGCGUGAGUGCUGGUAUGCCAAUGGGGCAGCCCGCCUGACUGCCCUCCGUAUUAAGAAGACCAUCUCUCAACUUUGUGUCAAAGAAGACUGCAAAGCCUAAUGUGAUAAUUUCGUUAAAAAAUAUCUCUCACAGCUUUCCUUUUCAUUUUCCCUCCUUAUGUGAAUUUGUUUUUUUUUUUUUUUUGUUCUACCUCAAAGAUUACACAGUACAGUAUUUAAGUGCCCAAAGGCAUGAAAAGAUAACUAAAGUUAAGCCUGGAUAGGAGCUGACUUCAUCCAAUCUCCAUGUUGUCUUUAAUUUUAUUUUGAAAAGCAGCACAUCAACUUAUCUUUUUAUUUAAUGAGAAAGAAGAUAUUACAAAAGUGUAAAAUAAGCUAUAUAACAAUAAUAAAACUCUUUUAAAUUUAAUUUUACUUGAACCAAGAGCACAUGAAUGAAUAGAAAAAAAUGUCAAAAAUUUAAAAGCUGUUUUUCUGAGGUGAAAAUAUAUUUACUAAAAUGUGAACUAGAGUAUGUUAUGGUUAAAUAGGACUUUAGAUCUUGCAGUCUAUGAUUUUUCCUUUUUAAAUUAUUAAAAAAUAACUGCUAUUGUGAAAUUUAAUAUAUAAAAUCUACAGAAAUGGAGCUGCUCAGUGGAAGAUAUAAGUGAGAUGAAAGUCCCACUUGCUUGGUCUUCCUCUCUUUGUUUCUCUAAUCUUUGUAAUCCAGUGGCAGGUAAUUUGAAAUCAAGCACAGGUGCUACUUUCUGUUAUUUGCAGAAGACACAAGUGGUAUCUUGAGAUACCGCAAAAUGUCCGUUCUGCAAAAUGUCCGAGUCACAGCUAAUGACAGAGCUGACACUAAUUCUAAAUCUUGAGUGAGUCAACACUGCAGAUUAGCUAGCUUCCUAUUUUCCUUUGAAUUCCCGAGAGUGCUUUUAUCACAAGAAUAUCUCUUAUUGUGAUGUUUGUAGUUUAUUCAUAAAGAAGGUAUGUUGAGUUAUUUUGCAGAAUCAUGAUAGAUCUACAUGAAAUCCAAACAAUGGAUAUUUAUAUGGAUAUAGAUAUUUGAAAGUGUUCAGAUAUCCAUUCUCUUAACAUGUCUUUAACAUGCAAUUCAGAAACCCCAUAUCACUUUUGGAAUACAUAUUUAGAAAAAAAAGGGCAACAAGGAAAUAUUUUGAGGAAAUGUGAGAAACUCUUUAAUGAAGUGUAAUAACCAAACCCUGCAGAGUGUCAGCAACAGAAAAUAGAUGUUCCCCUGCCUUUUCAAAAUGAGCAGAAGGGUUCAGAAGAAUGCUCACAACAGCAUUGACUGCAUUCUACUUUCUGUGUUGAUAGAGUGAUGAGAAUCUAUCGGGACAGUAAAAUAUUCCCUUCGAGCCUAUAACAUUGCUUUGGGGAAGGCAAUGCAACAUGGUGUCUUAUUUUAAAACACCGUUUCCUGAACUCUGUUCCUUAGGACGUUCUGCUGAGAUGAAAGUGUUCUUUGAUAGCUUUGUAGAAAGACAUUGUGCACAUUAGCAUAUCAGCUACUUUGAGGUGUCUAGCAGAAAAGAAAUGUUACUUGAAUGUUUUUAAAAUUAGAUUUCUCAAGAUCAUAAUGGAAGAGAGGGGAAACCUCUUGUCAUCCCACUUUUAAGUGUUCUACAAAGCACAACUUGGGCAGCAGUGUUCUGAAGGGUGUACCUAUAUACUUUCACACAGAACACGAGUUAGUGAUUGUAUUUCAUUUCAUUAUGGAAAUAUGUUGCUGAAUCCAUCCUCAUUUGACUAAGUCGAGAUAAGGCAGACAAAAUACUGACAGCUAUGAGGUUUGCAUGUACUUUCAUUCCCAUUUGGGCAUUUAUUCAUCUAUUAAAUAAUCACAGAGCACCCCGUAUCUUGCUUGCCACAAUAUUGGGCACAAGAGGGAAUAAAAAGAUAGAUAGGUCCUGGGCUCAGGGAUUUUAAAGUAUAAUUUGAGAGAUGGAAAAGGCAUGUAAGUGUGUGGGGGAAGAAAGUAAAUUGACAGAUAAAAUACAAAGUGGGAUGUUCUCUAUGACAGUGGGUUUCUAGAAUAGGUCUGAAAAUCACUUUAAAUUUGCAACACAUUUAGAAAGUAUCUUUAUUUGGAUAAUACAGUUUAAAUAUAUCAUCAGGUUUAAAAAGUGCCUAUGUAAAGAGAUUUUAAAAAGACCUUAUGUGAAACGGUUAUUGUUUGUGCUCACUACCUUGAUUUCUCAUAGAUUGUUUUUAUAUAUAUCAGAAUGGAAUUAUUUAUUUACUAUGGUUAUACUUUAGUCUCAGAUAAACCAGAAUGAUAUUUCCUGUUUUAUUCACUUAUGUUGGGUGGAUAUAUUUAUUGAAUAUUUAAAGACAGCAUGUUUAACAUUUCCAUUUUCAUUAUAUUUUAUAAUUUAUUUGAGGAUAUCUAAAUAUAAUUCCAUAUUUUAUUGGUUUUACUUUUACUCUAGAGCAAGCUGUACAUUUGUACAUUUUAAGAUAGUUUGCUGUUGUUGUGUUAGUUAACUGUAACUCCUAACUUAAAGUCUAAAAUUUCAAUCACAAAAUACAUUUUUAAGAAAGGUGGUACAACAACAAAAAUGACAAGUAAAACACUAAAUGUUGUAAAUUUCCUUAAUUCUCAAUAUGAUUAUUCAUAGAAAAUGCUCACUGACAAUCACAGAAUAAAGUUAGAGCAUAAGGAGAUAUACUGUAUAUACCUGUGCUGUUAAAUUUGAUAUUCUUUGUUUUUUAAUGAACUGUCAUUGUAUAAUAUUCACUUCUUUUAAAUUUUAUUAUGGGGAAGAAAUAUUCUUCUAAGGUUAGGCUUAAAGUAUGGUGUCCUUCUGCUCCUUUCAGAUACUUUGACUUUUGGGUAUGACACCAGGCUUGGGGAAAAUGCCAUUAUGAAAUUCCAAUACUGUAUAAGAUGUUGAUGGAAUUUAUAUGCAACAUUUCUUCCUGAAAAUAAGAGGAGAUAUUAUUUGUUGUCAAUAUUUCAGCAUGAACUACUUGCCUUAUAAGUUAUGCAUUUAAGUUUGUAAUUGGUACAGAUUGUGUUGUAUGCUUUCUUCUAUGUCUAAGAUAUUUGGCAUGUCACAUCUAGAAUUCUUAAUUUAUGUUCUGAUUUGAGAGUUAAGUGAAACAUGACUGUCGUGCACUAUUUUAGGCAUAGCACUUGCUUUUCAUCUUUGUACUUUCAAUUAACUUUGCAUUUUAAAUUUCCAUGAUUGUAUGAAAAUAGUAACCUGGUUGCAAUGUCUGAAGAACUCAGAAUCAGCUUUUAUUUAAAAAUGAAAAUCUACAAUAGAUUCAUUAGAUUAGAAAUUCCAUGUUAAUUUAUUUUUAAUACUUCUACUAUUGUAGGAUUAUUAAACAAAACAAAAAUACUUCCACUAUCUUGGAAUUUUUGUCUGUGACUUACAGGGGCAAAGAAAACUCAGGGCUAUCUCCUAGUCUACACAAAAGUAGCAGAGCACCUCCCCAGCAAAUCACCUGAAAGCAGAGAGCUGACAGACUUUGAGUGAACAAGUUCAAAUUGCUCGGCAGGGAAUAAUUUUUGACUGAUUAUUUAAAAUAAAUGUGAAAAACUUGAGGGUCAAAUAAGUUUACUUAAAGUGAGAAGAUUUUAUUUCCCAUCAGGAAAUUUAGGAAAUAACAGUCACAAAGGAAUGUAAGUUGGCAGUUGGUAUCUUCAAUUAUUAUUCCUUUAAAUGAAUUCACAAAUGCAACAUGAUAAGCUACUUAGAUAUAUUUAGGAUUAGUCUUAAAAUGGUGUCAUUGUAGCCUUUGAAUAUAUUCCAAAUGUGUUUUUAUUUUGUGGAGCAUGCCAUUUAUAUUUGUUCUAGAUCUUUAGACUAAUAUCCACACGGACUGCAUUUGCUAAGUGAACACAAAGGUCCCUUUGAUCUUGAGGGCUUUUUCUACACAGAAAAAAAGUUAGUUGGAAGGUAAAAUUUUCAUAUAAAUUUUAAUAGUAAGCAGAAUUUCUGUGGUAUAAAUAGUUUCUCCAAGUGGUUUAAUUCAACUAUUCAGAUAUUUGACUUUCUUUUUCACCUCUAGACUUUCUUUUAGUUUCAUAAUUUUUCUCAUCUCCUUUUUUUAAAAGUAUGUCCUCAUCUUUCAAAACUAUAUAUUGUUCCUAAUUGUAAAAACUAGUUCAACUUAAUCAUUCUCAUCAAAGGUUAUCCCUUUAAUAGUCUAAAUGAUUUCAGCUGUCUCAUGGGCAGAAGAAACUCGAUUCCGAUAUUAUAUAGAUGAAGAAAACCAAGGACCAGAGAUGAUAAUGACUAAUUAUUGUCAGAAAUCUGGUGGUGAUACCCACCUGUUCCCUACUGUAUCUCCAACUGUUACUGAUUGAGCAAUUAAUCAGCAUGCAUCUAACCCUUCCUUGAAUGUACACUAAUAAAAUGUGCCAUUUAAUGAUAAUGAUCAAAUACCACUCCUUUUGUAUUUUUACUAAAAGUAUUUACUCAUUCUGGCUGAGAUCUGAAAAACAGGCUAAGGACGAGUUGUACAAUAGUUCUAAAGCUAGGUAGGCAACCACUAGGGUGCUGAUAAAAUUGAUGAAUAACAUUUAGGAUGCUUGAGUGCAUGGACUCUCUUAGUGCAAGUAAUAAUUAGAGAAGCUGUGACUCUCCCAAACACACUUCCUGUAAGGAUUCUUCUCUCUUUGCUUUGGAAUGGAGGUGAGGACAAUUUGAUAGUUAAAUUUGAGACUGUUUAGUCACAAAUCAUCUGACAAUUCUUUUUCUUCUCUUGGUUUCUCAUUAGUUUAUCUUCUGCAUUUAUUUUGUUUCCAUGCAUUCAAAAAUAUCUUUGCCAGACUUCAUCAUCCACAAAGCACUUGAUAAAAUUCCUGUUCUUCUGUAGUGUGUUCUAGUGUUGUGCAGAUUGCUAUGUAUUGAACUUCCUAUAAGAAUUUAAUUUUCCCAUCCAAAUAAUCCAAGGUUUCUCCUCAUGACUUCUCAAGUGACUCUUCAUUUGGCACUAUAAAGAUGGUGGUUUCUGGGGGCUGGCGCUGUGGCUCACUUGGUUAAUCCUCCGCCUGUGGCGCCGGCAUCCCAUAUGGGCAUCCGGUUCUAGUCCCGGUUGCUCCUCUUCCCAGUCCUGCUCUCUGCUGUGGCCCAAGAAGGCAGUGGAGGAUGGCCCAAGUGCUUGGAUCCCUGCACCCGCAUGGGAGACCAGGAGGAAGCACCUGGCUCCUGGCUUUGGAUCUGCGCAGCGCGCCAGCCAUAAUGACCAUUUGGGGGGUGAACCAACAGAAAAGAAAGACCUUUCUCUCUAUCUCUCUCUCUCUCACUGUCUAACUCUGCCUGUCAAAAAAAAAUCUAAAAAAAAAAAAAAUGGUGGUUGCUAAUGGAAGGCAUGACUUUCUUUUAAACUUUAGAAGGACCAGCCCUGUGGGUAUAUACUAGCUUUUUAGUUCACGUACAAAGAUUGUUUACUUGUACCUUAAUGCUAACUUUCACUUGAGAGAUAGAGACUUGGAAAGAGAAUGUGAAAUGUGUGAUUGCUUAAUUUAUUUUUGCAGUGUUUAAUACCAUUGCUUUGUUUUGCUUUUGUCGUCUUUUUAAACUAAGCCAUUAUGCCCUAUGGUUUGGAUUGUAAUAUUAUAUUGCAAUUAGGUUAUAAUCUCUAUUUAAAAAUUCACUUAUUUUUUUUUUAUUUUUUUAUUAUUUUUUUUUUUUAUUUUUGACAGGCAGAGUGGACAGUGAGAGAGAGAGACAGAGAGAGAAAGGUCUUCCUUUGCCGUUGGUUCACCCUCCAAUGGCCGCCGCUGCAGCCGGCGCACCGCGCUGAUCCGAUGGCAGGAGCCAGGAUCCAGGUGCUUUUCCUGGUCUCCCAUGGGGUGCAGGGCCCAAGCACCUGGGCCAUCCUCCACUGCACUCCCUGGCCAUAGCAGAGAGCUGGCCUGGAAGAGGAGCAACCGGGACAGAAUCCGGCGCCCCGACCGGGACUAGAACCCGGUGUGCCGGCGCCGCAAGGUGGAGGAUUAGCCUAUUGAGCCACGGCGCCGGCCCAAAAAUUCACUUAUUAAGAACUCCCAAGAUACUUCUCUUUCAUUUGUAGAUGAGCUCAUAUUCUUCCAAAUUUCAUCCUAUAUUUUAGUGUUUUCAGAUAGGACUGUAGUUUCUGAUCAUUGAUCCAUAUUAUCCAAUAAGAAGUUUUUCUCACCUGACCUAACAAUUUUAACUACAAACUUUUUCACCCUUUGCUACAUGAAUCUGAAUAGUACAAUGGUCAAUAAGAAUCUAAGUGCGUUAGGAAAUUAACCUUAUACCCACUGUCACCACGUGGGAUUGGGCAUAUUGUGCUUCACACCAAAAAACUGCCAGCUGAGGGGUAGGUAGGGCUGAAAUCCAAACUGCAAUUAGCAAAUAUGAUUUUUAUAUUUUGCAGAAAAGCCCCUGUGUGAUAUUAUAACUUUAGAAAAUGGCAUGCUUUUACAAGUUCAAAAAAUGAGAGCUAAAAUUUCAAAACAGGUCUUGAUAUCUGCAAAGUGGAGAGACAACUUAGAAGAAAAAAAAAUACUUUGGCUUGUAAUUCUGGCAUUACCAAGAGAACAAGAGAGAUUUUAUGUUUAUCCUGUUGAUUCAUUUUAAUUUGUUCAACCCAGACAAUCUGCGCAAGGGCACAUGGGCCCUGAUUUUGCUAUCUCUUCUGGGUUUUCAUUCUAUGUAUGUACCUGUACUUCGACUUCGCUUGUAAACAGAGAAUUAUGUGCCCUGUAUUCUGUCUUUAAAAAUUGCAAGCAUAGGAUUAUUUAUCAACACAUUGGUCUCUUCCACACUAAGUCAUAACAACUAAGAAAUUUUAAAUAUUCAGCACUUUUAUUCUCUUUACAUAAAGCGAGCGUAUCUGAGCCAAAAUAUUAAGUUCUAGCUCAUUUCAAUGACUAGUGUCAUGCGCAUGUAUUCUUCUGAUCCUGGACUGGAGAAGAUUAUUCAAACUUGAUCUGUGUUUCAGGUUUUAAAAUGCCCUAAAAACAGAAAAUUAGAUUCAGAUCUCAGAAAAGGAAUUUUGGAUUGACUUUCAAUGUACUAAUACUAAUUAUACUUUUCUUUUGGUAUCGUGACUCUUAUACCUAAGAACAUAUUACAAAUGUCAAAACCAUUGCAUUUUGACAUUACAAAAACAUGCCUUGAACUCUUGAACUACUGUGAAAAGAAUCACUGUUGUAAAGACUUUUUGUAAGCCAGCUGAUAAUUCUUAAGUGUGUAAGAAGAUACUGUCUUUCAACAGACAGGCCCCAUGGAUGUAUAUAAAGAAUAUGAAGAGAAAUAAGUUAGGUUUUAAAAUGAGAAUUAGGCAAUAAAUUGUAUCAAAAAUAUGCAGAUGGGGAUUUUAGUAUGUAGUUAUAAAUUAGUUGCGGAAGGUGAAAAGAAUUCCAAAUUCCAAAGAGAAAUAAAUAAUGUUCAGAUGUUUCAUUAAUUUCUAGUCUGUGAAAAUAUGCAUUUUAUAGUAAUUUAUAUGCUUAUUUAGAAAUAUUUGUAUUUUAGAGGUUAACAAGAAUUCAAUAGCCUUCAUACAAAAUGUUUGACUUUACCAACAGCAAGUCAUAAAAGCAUUUAAUUUAAAACUUUUUAAUAUUAUUGCAGAACUUUCAGCUGCCUCCAGAUGUAAAUACUUAUCUGUCUAAAUGUUAUAUUUUUAUGUAUGCAUUUUCUGAAAAUGUAUCAUUUGUAAAGUGGCAAAGAUAAUACAUUAAGCACUCCUUGCACUUGUUUCUGUGAAGUACAUAGAAAUCUAUUUUAAAUAAAAGAAACUGUGUUAUA